GGGAGGCUGGUACUUGCACGGACCACGUUAGUUAUUUCAUAAAAUGUUAUUACUUCAUUGUGUUCACCAUACCCGUACCAAACACGUCCACCAUGGUGUUGGCCUCCUGGGAUCACUACUCGCAAUGUUUUUUUUUUCAUACAAGACAGCAGGAGCGACCAAGUUGUUGCAUCAAGCAGUGUGUUGCAUCCCCUGACUGGUUGCCUGCUCUUCCAACACUGAGUCAGACAGCCUCAGACUCUGCUCUGCCACCAUCAUUCUCCAUCACAUCACCCUGCUGAUACACAUCAUUCUAGUGUCUCCAGGACAACACUGCUUCUCUGAGACAAUCAUCACAGGUUUCUGUGGCAGCAGAUAUGAAGUGAGAGAUCUUCGUAGCUGGAGAUGUCCCUGUAUUAAUGCUUGGCAGUAAUGAAGACUUGAGAUUAAGAAUUAUUGAUCAAUCAAGAGGUUAGCUGAUGCAAGUUAUCAGGGUUGACAAACUACCUUAUAGUGUUCUCGAACUAAUUGUAAGUAAGGAAGCCGUGCUAGAUUAUGUGAUGGAUUCUCUGGACAUGGCUCAGCUUGACUUCUACUCAGAGCAGGUAAAUAAUUCAUCCCUUCAGUGUCAAAAAUGUAUCGCUGAAGAAAGUGAAAUGUGGUGGGACUCUUUCACAACUAUGUUGGUGAUGAAAGAAGUGAUUGUGAUGACUGUGGCCUGUGCACUAGGCUUAAUAUCCAACAUCCUCGCUAUUUAUCUCGUGGCUGCCUCAAAGAAAGGGCUGCAUCUCACUGCCAGUUAUAUCAUCAACCGGGCUGUAGCUGAUAUUCUCUUCCUUUUAACUGUUCCGUAUGAUGUUCGAGCACACAUGCAAGACUCUUGGGUGUUUGGUUCUUUAUUAUGUAAACUUCGUUCAUCUCUCGUCAUUAUUGGCCCUAUUGUAAGCUCAGUCUCCCUAAUGGGUCUGAGUGGCAGCUGGUACAUAGAUACCUGCAUGUCAGGAGUCUCAGCCAAGUUCCGUUCAAACUUGUUGAAGAUAACUUCUGCCAUGUCAUGGAUUACCCUCUUCCUCUUCAGUAUACCAACAUUUCUGCAGUCUGAGAUUUUCAAAGAGGUUUUGCAAGAACGUUUCCAUUGUGUGUCCCUACCCUUGUCAGAGGAUUCACCCUUAAGCCAGGUCCUCAGGUUUCUUAUCAUAUUAUUGACUUUUGUUGUUCCAUUUGUGAUGUGCUGGGUGUUCAUCAGCCUCAUUAUUCCUGCAUACAAGAGUCAAACCUGCAAACCUCAAGAGCAGAACAUUUCAGAAAUGAACAAAGGGGAGUCAUUGUACCCUUACAGACUGCUCGUGUCUCUGUUGGUGGUCUUCACAGCUUGUCAGGUGCCUUACUGGCUAGUGUACCUGGUGCAGGAAUUUUUACAAGGAAUUGAACUAAGUCAUGUUGCAUUGUUGGCCUUCCCAGCAACCUUGUGUCUUCCUAGCAUUAAUGCUGCCAUCAACCCCUUAAUGUGUAUUUACUAUUUGAAGGAUCUUAAGAAGAGCCAGUGUAGAGCAAAGGAGACUGAGGAGGAGCCUCAGAUGAUAGCUCUUGUGCAUCUUUGAAUUGUGUUGACCUAACUUAUCAUACCACAUUUUGAUCAUUCUCACCUAAAAAAAAAAUCCCACUGCAUUCCAUUGUGUUCCUAUUGUCACUUUAACCUAAACCGCUUUACUGUAAUGUUUCAUUUGUGCUACCUAUUUGCCUACCAUUGCAAAGCUAUUGUCAAAAAACACCUUACCUUAAUGUGAGCCUAAGGACAAUCUGUUAUGCCAAAUAAAUUCUGAAACCCUGUCUUUCAUCCAAUAUUUUCUCUCUUUUUGUUCCAUCCUUCCUCCAAGUCUCAUUUAUUACUAGAAAGUCAUUCUUUGUAUCAAUUCUGGUACCUAGCUUUGUCCAUGUAUCUUUAAUUAGAUUUUUAUAUUGAAUUACUGACUGUAUACUUAUUCUCAUGUACUAUAUAUAUCUUAUUGCCAAGUACAGUGGUACCUCAGGAUACGAACUUAAAUCAUUCCAGAAGGCUGUUCUAGUGCCGAUACCGAACAAAUUUGUUCCCAUAAGGAAUAAUGUGAAUUAGAUUAAUCCGUUUCAAACCCCCAAAAAUGCACUUACAAAAGCACUUACAUAAUUACACACAUAAUUGUUCGAGUUUUGAGCUGUUCGUAUCCCCAGGUACCACUGUAAUUAUAAGUUAGUUUUAAGGCUUCCCAAAAAACCUUGCCAAACAAGGGGCUUUCUAUAAAGUAGUUUAUACAUUUCAGUUGCCCUAAUUGUAUACUGUACAGAACUCCACUUCAUAGAAAUAAACUUGUUUGUUUAUUAUCUCUAGAGGAAUACUACUUUACUAUAGGAGAGUGGUACCGUCACUUAUGAUUUUUUUGCAUUAUGAUGCUUUUUGCAUUUAUGACAUUGGCAUUUUUUGAACCCAUUAAUUACUUAUGAACAAAUGAUUUCUGAACCUGUUAAUUACUUAUGAACAAGAGACUCAGUGUUCUGAUAUUUUGAUUUGCAUUUUUAUUAGGUAUGAAUUACAAAUGUUGUUUUCUCUGUAGAUUUUUCAAAAUGCAUUCACACUUUGUGUGUACUUUUUUUUUUUUUUUUUUUUUUUGUAGAGAUUAUGUUAGUCAGUGGCUGGGUGGUAAUACAGGGAGGUGGGUGGGUUGCCUGGGAGCCCUGGAGGUAGGUCCAGACUUCAGGCUGGUGGCAUCUCACCCUCAUAAUGAAGAUAAAGAUGUUUAUUUUGUUAAAAUACAAAGGUUACAUUGGAUGGUUUCAUAAAUUGUAUAUUACAGUUACAGGUUGGUUACAGUUUUAGGUAAAUCAUAUUAUUACAUAUUCUAAUACAAGCCCAUUAUUAUGUAAAACAUUUCAGAUAUGGUCAGCCUAGGAAAGGUUGGAGGGAGGGGGUGAAGGAGGUUUUGUGUGCGAGGGGCUUGGACUUCCAGCAAGCGUGCGUGAGCAUGUUAGACAGGAGCGAAUGGAGAGAAAUGGUUUUUAGGACUUGACGUGCUGUUGGAGUGUAAACAGGUAACAUUUAUGAAGGGAUUCAGGGAAACCAGCAGGCCGGACUUGAGUCCUGGAGAUGGGAAGUACAGUGCCGGCACUCUGAAGGAGGGGUGUUAAUGUUGUAGUUUUAUAACUGUAGUGUAAGCAUGCCUCUGGCAAGACAGUGAUGGAGUGAAUGAUGAUGAAAGUUUUUCUUUUUCAGGCCACCCUGCCUUGGUGGGAAACAGCUGAUGUGUUAAUAAAUAAUAAAAAAAAAAUUCAGGCAGACUAAUUCUAAAUGGUUUUUAGGACUUCAUAUGCUGUUGGAGUGUGAGCAAGGUAACAUUUAUGAAGGGAUUCAGGGAAACCGGCAGGCUGGACUUGAGUCCUGGAGAUGGGAAGUACAGUGCCUGCACUCUGAAGGAGGGGUGUUAAUGUUUAAGUUUUAUAACUGUAGUGUAAGCACACUCUUGGCAAGACAGUGAUUGAGUGAAUGAUGAUGAAAGUUUUUCUUUUUCGGGCCACCCUGCCUUGGUUGGGAACAGCCGAUGCGUUAAUAAAUAUAGUAGACCAUUAUAUUACAUGGUAGUUAUGUUCCUGAAAACGCCGUGUUAGGUAAAACCGUUAGAUAAACUGAAUAACUUGUGGGAAAAAUAGGGUUCAUUCCUGGGAGCCUCCAAAAAACCAAACAGCUUCUUUUUAGACCAACAGAUCUUACAAGAAGAAAAGUGAAUAUAAUUGUAGUUCAUUGUCGUGAUAUAUUAUGUUUUUACUGCUUAACCCUUUCACUGUCGGGACCUCUGAUUCUAAACUCUUGCUGUGUCAAAAAAUAUUCCAAAAAAAAAAAAAAUUAAUACCAAAAUAUUUAGAAUAUUUUUGUGAGUGUUUUAAGAUAAAAACAAAAUUUUGUGAUCAGUACUUCCUGAGAUAUAAAGGCAAGAAAUUGAAAGAAAGUGAACCACUUACAGCAACAUCGGCGACUGCUGCUCACUCAGUAAUGUUAUUUUUACUUUUAUUCUACUUUUUUCUUUAAUUUUUUAAUAUUUGAUUUUUUCAAGUAACUUUUGUGGCCUGUGAGACUAAUACAGUGCAUAAUGUAUAUAUAUCCACUUAUUGUAUGCAACACAAUAACCGCACAAACAUUUUUAUCAUUAUAUUGUUGACAAACCCUGUUUACACAAACCCACGCUGCCUUCCCCGCCACUGACACAGCCUCCCCCACUACCCACACUGCCUUCCCCACCACCCAUGCCAUCUUUCCCACCACCCACAUGGAAAUACAUGUAUGUCACUUUGACUUUUUUGGGUUAUCCUAGGUGAUCUACACAUACGCUGCUAUGUUGUUUACACAAACUCACACUGCCUUCCCCACCACCAAUGCUGCCUUCCCCACCAUCGAUGCUGCCUUCCCCACCACCCACAUGGAAAUAAGUCACUUUGACUUUUUUGGGUUAUCCUAGGUACUUUACGCAUAUGGUGCUAUGUUUACACAAACCCACGCUGCCUUCUCCACGACCCACACUGUCUUCCCCACCAACUAUGCUGUCUUCCUCACCAACUGUGCUGUCUUCCUCACCACCCACAUGGAAAUAAGUCACUUUAUCUGACUUUUUUAGUGGAAGGUUGAUAAUCGUCUGGGUUUUCAGCACUAUUUCUGGUAUCCUGGACAUUGCUUUCUGUCACAAACUCCUCAGAAUCAUGAAAUUCAUCUUCACUGACACUUUAAUCUGUGUUAGACCUAUCACUUGGGAAGGGAAGAGUCCCAAUUCACUGGAGAGUGAGGUAUUCCUUACCACUAGGCUUGGUGACCAAGGCGUACUGAAUUAGCACUCCCACAGUGCACUGCAGCCUCCCAGAUUUUUUUCAUACUGUGCACACUAGCACACAGACCCAUUCUCUCACAUGCAGGCCUACCAGCUUUCUCCCACCAGAUCUGAAGCUGCUAGAAAUUUGGCGCAGUAUUAUGGGACUGACACUGGCUUGCAAGCUGUAAUAUUACAGGACCUACAGUGAAAGGGUUAAUAAGACUACAGAUGCAACAGAAAUAAUAGUAUUUCUUAACUUAAAUUGUGGGUACUCGUGUUUGUGGAUGAUUGUGAAUAGAGUGGAGAUGCAUGGUGUGGCCCUACUGGGCUGAGGUGGAUGGUUGUUUGUUGUCGGCAGAAGUGGAUGGUAGAGGUUCUGGUACUAAAGUCGAUGGUUGUAUUGGAGUGUGCAUAAAUUUUGUAAUGGAUGUCUGGGCUCUUUUACCUUGCAGUACAUUAUACAGCUGAUAGUAAGGCAUCAUCAGCUAGUCUAGACCCCGUUUCAAAACACUGCUUUUAGAUUUGUCAGGGUCCUCUUCAGUGAAAAAGUCUGCUAGUUUAGCAGCAACAUGGAACUGCUCCUGUAACUGCUGCUCGGGUUCUUCUUCUGUUAUGUGGCUCCCAACGUUUCCUCUGGACUCCUGUCUUCAGCAUCAUCAUCUUCUAAGAGCUCAUUCAUAUCUUCAAAACCAUCACCUGGUAAUCUCCUUGCCAGCUGAACAAUUUCCUGAACCUGACUCUCAAGCAAGGGAAAACCAGUGAAAGAAUUAACUACAGAAGGCCAUAACUUUCCUCAGCCUGCAUUUAAUGUUGAUUGGGGCACUUCACUCCAUGCUGUUCUAGCAUAGCUGAUGGCAUCUGCAAUGUUAAAUUUAUUCCAGAAACUUGGUUCCGCCAGAUUGGAGUCAGAGUCCAUUGAUGCAACUAGUUUCUUCAUAACUUCUUUUGUGUAGUUACACUUUAAUGCUUAAUAACUCCCCAAUAAAGUGGUUGUAUUAAAGAUGUUGUAUUUGGAGGUAAACAUUCAACUUUUACAUUAGAGAUAUAUCAGAUAUCUGCAUCCACGGAACAUCCGCACAAUUUGUUACAUCCGCAUUUGACUGUAAACAGAUAUCCACAUGUGCAUCCACAUUCUCAAAAUAAGUAAGACAGACAUCCUCAUACACAUCUGCAUCUGCAGAUAUCUAAAUUUUCACAUCUGAUGCAUCUCUAUUUUACAUGUGGAGUCACAUCCAGCAAAGCUUAUGGAUGAGUACAGGAAUUAUCAAGAAUGAAGAGAGCCUUGAAUGCAAGGUUGUUCUUGUGCAGGUAAAACUUGACUUCAGGAAUAAAGUGGUGCUUAAACCAGUCAAUAAAUAUUUCCUCUGUCAUCCUCUGUCAGUCCUCUCCAGCAACAAGUUUUAGUUUUAUUUACUUGUUGUAAUCUAUGUGUCAUUAUUUUCAUGAGAUGACAUCCUGGGUUAUUCAUUACACGAGCUUGUAUAUUCACCUCAUUCUUUUAAUUGUACAAACUGAUGCUUCAUUAAGGCCAUAGGCCCUCACUGUAUCCACCACACCUGAGCCACUCAUAAGCUUGUCUAAUAUCUCGAUUUUCUUCGUAACUCCUAGACUUAAACCUUUUCUUGCUGUUUGCUAUUGUGGUUAUUUGGAUUUAUCUGAAGAAGGAAAUUUUGGAUCAGUUUUAGAGACCGAGUUUUCAUAAAUCUAUAAAUCUAGAAUGGAUAUCAGGAGGUCUGCUGUAUAACAUUAUGAACAAUGGAAAAUUUUUAGCACCAUCAUUAGGUUAGAACUUUGGAAGAAGUGCCAAAAGGAUAUUAUUUGUAAUAUCGUCACAAAAUCAAAUCAAAUCAAAGUUUAUUCUCUAUAAGGAUUACAAUGCGGGGUUUACAGAUUUUGGUUAUUGUGUGGUUUACAUGUAAUAAAAUACUAAUUACAGAGGGGGCCACUAGAACACCUAGUAAGGCUAGGCAUUUUGGGCAAACUUAGAUUAAUUCUUAACCCUAAAUUAUUACAAAUUGUGGAGUAAGUUGACUAAAUACUAAAUGACUAAAUACUAAGUUACUAAAUAGUAGUUUGUGAGUUCAGCAAUGUGAAUGCUUUUGUUUUGGCACAAUACAUAGUUUCUGUAUUGGAGUAUCGCAGACAAACUUGUGACUAGUUAGGAAUCAUUAUUUUAAAAUUAAGAUACGUAUUUCUGUGCUUAUAGUCAAAUGGGUGAGUGAGUGAGUGUAAGUGUGAACCACCAGGUGGUUUUUAUGUAGUUAGUUGACGGGGUGUAUCAGGGAGAUAAGAUGUUUUCUAACGGUAGUUUUGAAGGUGAUGAAUGUGUCUGCAGUUCUAGAGUUUUCAGGUAGGGUGUUCCAGAUUUUAGGGCCUUUGACAUAUACAUUGAAUUUUUGUGUAGAUUUAGUCGGACACGGGGAAUGUCGUAGAGAUGUUUGUGUCUGGUGUUAUGCUUGUGGGUCCUGUCACAACUAUCAAGAAAGCAUUUUAGGUCAAGGUUAAUAUUGGAAUUUAAGGUCCUGUAUAUGUAGAUUGCACAGUAGUAAGUGUGGAUGUGCUGAACAGGGAGUAAGUUUAGAUCUAUGAAGAGUGGGGGGAAGGGGGCGUUGCCAGGGAUGGGAUUUAGUAAUUAUUCUUACUGCGGCUUUUUGUUGAGUUAUUAUUGCUUUAGGUGUAUUGCUGCAGUUGAACCCCAAGCACAAAUAGCAUAGGUGAGGUAUGGAUAAAUGAGUGAAUGGUAUAGUGUGAGAAGGGCAUUUUGCAGCACGUAGUAUCGUAUCUUGGAGAGGAUCCCAACUGUUUUGGAUACUUUUUUUGAUAUGUGUUGGAUAUGGGUGCUGAAAUUCAGGUUGUUGUUGAGGUAUAGGCCUAGGAAUUUGCCCUCAUUAUGUCUGACAAUUAGAGUGCUGUCAAUCUUAAUGUUUAGUUGUGCAGCACCUGCUCUGCUACCAAACAUAAUAUAGUAGGUUUUGUCAGUGUUAAGUGUAAGUUUAUUGGCUGUUAUCCAAGUUGAUAUUUUGAGCAGCUCCUCAUUAACAAUGGUGUUGAGGGUGGCAAGAUUAGGGUAAGAGAUGACAUAAGUCAUGUUGUCAGCAAAGAGAAUGGGAUUCAGGUGUUGGGAUACGUUUGGAAGAUCAUUGAUGUAAAUGAGGAAGAGCAGGGGUCCAAGGACACUUCCCUGUGGAACUCCAGUAUCAAGUGGCCAUGUUGAUGAUGCUGUGUCUUUAAUGGUGACAUACUGAUACCUAUUAGUAAGAUAGGAUUUUAAAUAUGCAAGCGCAUGGCCUCUUAUACCAUAAUGGUCAAGUUUGUGGAGUAGGAUGCCGUGGUCUGCUGUGUCAAAAGCUUUUCUUAGGUCAAUAAAAAUUCCUAGUGGAAAUGGUAGACCAGUGAAAUGGGUUACAAGGUGAAAGUAAUAAGUGCUAUAACGACUGGAAUUUAUAAAAAUAGAUACGAUAGAUUCUAUACUAAAGACAGUUUAAUGAUCAUAGCUCUACACCUAAGUUAGAAAUACAGUAUAUUUUUAAUAGAUACUGUAAUCACCAGUGCAACCUUGCAAUACAUGACAGCACAGGUAAUUGAGGUUUCCAGUAUUUUAGAGCUUUAUAUAUAGUCUUCAGUAAAAUUAUGAGCAGUAUUUAGUAAUUCUGUCUUGAAUCUUUUAUUAUGUUAACAGUAUCUGCCUUAUCCUGUUAUUAACUGAUGAAUUGUAACAUAGUAUUUUUUUAAGUAAAUGAUUAAAUAUUUGUGACUGCUGUACCUAAUUAAGUCUUGUCAGUUUUCUAACCCUUUCACUGUCAAGACUCUUGAUCCUGAACACACUCCCAGUGUCGAAGAAUUAAAAAAAAAAAAAAAAAAAUUUAUGAAAUGAUAGAGAAUCUUUUCCCAAUGGUAAUGACACCAAAAGUACAAAUUUGAUGGAAAACUUACGGAAUUACGCUCUCGUGAAGUUAGCGGUCUCAGUGUAUAUGCAUCGGCGUUUUUGUCCACUCUGAGCCCCAUUUUCAGCCAAUUCCAUCAUUCCAGUCGACCAAACUCAUAGCUAUUUCAUUAGAACUCCAUUUGUUCUAUCAACUGGGUACAAGAAACCACCCAUUUAUGAAUUUCAGCUACCCAGAAAAGUGGUCAGAAAUUGGCAAUUUGGCCAAUUUCAUGCAAAUUUCAAAAGAUGCCAAUUUCAAAAUAGGGUCCAGAAUAAACAAUGCAGACAUUUCUGGCACUAAAAUACCAUUUUCUCUGUCCAUUAGUCACAUCUCGAGGCCCCUCUUAUAUUCUACUCUUGCCUUCCAUUUUGAAUUUUUAAUCACACAAAAAUUAGAAGAUUUACUGUUAUGCAGACUACUGCAUUAUCAUAUAAUUGUAUAAAUAAUAUCAACCCAUUUGUGACUGUGUAUUAGACUGGCCAGUUGGACACAUAUUGGACACAUUUGUUUACUCUUGAACAUCGGCAAAAAUUGAACAUUUCCGCUACUUUGAGCUCAAUUUCAAGGUACUUUUCAUCGUGAAACCGAUCAAAAUCAUCUCUAUUUCUGUAAUAUAUCUUCCAUUCCAUCAAAUGAGACCAAGAACAUGAGAAUACAACCAUAAAUACCAUAUGAAAAUACACCUCAAAUUCGGCAUUUUAAUCCCAAGCCAUUAUGCACUGCUUGCUGCAGGAUUUUUUAUACUGCGCACACUGACCAUGCAGACCCAUUCUCUCACAUGUAGGUCUACCAGCUUUUUCCUGCUAGAUGUGAAGCCGCUAGAAUUUUUGAGUAUUAAUACAUCACCAAUACUGGGUCGUAAGACAUAUCUAUACGGCACCAACAUUGAAAGGGUUAAAGUUUCCAGUGGUUUUAGCACUAAGUACCUCAUGUUGUAUAACAUUCCAUUGUUCUACCACUCUGCAAGCAAAAACCUCUUAAUAUUCUUUCAGCCGAUUUUCUUCUUUAGUAGUUAAUGGGGUUAGGAAGUCUUUCUUGUCCAUCCUGUCAUAUGUUCAUGUGCUCUUGUGUCUGCAUUUAUGUGUGUUUAUACAUAUUUGUGAAAAUGAUGAGACAGCAUAACUUGACACACAAAAAUGGACAACCCAAAAUGGUAAAACAUACCAACAAGUACUAUAUGAAUAAGAUGCACUAUGCAUGACCCACGAAAUCAUUAUGACACGAUUGCAAACAAAACGUACCACGGGCGGGGAUAGAACCCGCGAUCAGAGAGUCUCAAAACUCCAGACCGUCGCGUUAGCCACUGGACCAGCUAGCCACAAUAAGAUUCGUCCAACUAGGUAUAUUUCUACACCAUAGGAAGGUUAGCAUAGGCACCACUGUGACCACAAAUGCAUUUGUGGUCACAGUGGUGCCUAUGGAGUCUGGAGUUUUGAGACUCUCUGAUCGCGGGUUCUAUCCCCGCCCGUGGUAUGGUUUUUUUAUGCACUAUGCAGUUUGGCAUUUACUCAUUCCAUUCAAAAGUGUCCAUACAAUUAAUCUUGACACCCUAAUUGUAAGUGACUGUCAUCCCUUAUCACUUUAAAUAUCUCUUAUAGUAUCAGAAACCAGACAGAUAUGGCAAAACUAUGAACAUUGGAAUCAGAAUCCACCAAUGAGUUGGCAUGAAUGUAUACUAUCAAUAAGGGAGUCCAUAAUGUUAAUGUGUUUGUAUCUGAGACUAAAGGAAGAAAUUAAGAAAGAGCACUAAGUACAGAAAUUUUGUGGAGAGUGAGUAAUUGUACUGUAGUGAGAGUGAGUAUAGUAGGGCCCCACUUUACGGAAUUCCACUAAUACGGCAAUUUCAGAUUAUGACCAAAAUUUGCUAUAUGGCGAGUGGUCUUUCAAAUACGGCACGCCCCACCCAGUUUGUUUACAUUCUCCAUGACCACAUCUCUAUUAUGUCUGGAAAUUUUCCAGAAUUUCAAGUGUUUUAAAGUUAUUGCAUAUUUUAUAUAUACUCUCAUAAUUAUACUUUUGUGUACCUGUACCUACAUAUGGCCUCUCCUCAUUUAGCGAUGAAGUUUCAUUCCUAAGACCACGUUGGUAAACGAAUUCAUCGCUAAGUGAGGAGCAUACUACAAUGGUAGUGGGUUUGUGUCAACCAUCUUUGAUAUUGUUUUAAUGUCACCUUUGCACCAUUUAUAACAUUUCUGGUAUAGUUUUAAAUGUUUUUUCAGUAACGUACUGUAUAUUGUAAUAAUCAGACUAGAGGAAAUCAGCUCUAAUAUACAGUGGACCCUCGACCAACGAUGGCAUCGUAAACAUUAAAUCUGACUAGCAAUACAUUUUAACGCAAAAUUUUUGUCUCGACUAGCGCUAAAAAACUCGACCAACGCCAUUCGUUCCGUUCGAGUUGCAUCCACGUGUGGCCUGCUCAGUGUUUACAAGCCAGCCACCGCGGUCGCAUCCAAACAUACAAUCGGAACAUUUCAUAUUAUCACAGCGUUUUUAGUGAUUGCACCUGCAAAAUAAGUCACCAUGGGCCCCAAGAAAGCUUCUAGUGCCAUCCCUGUGAUAAAAAGGGUGAGAAUUAGUAUGGAAAUUAAGAAAGAUUUUGAAGGGUUUGGGGCUAACCCUGAGAUGCCUAUGCCACUUGUGGAAUCUAUUGUGCCUACUUCAAAGAUUAAGGAAAUGUGUGCAAAGUGGGUUGAACUGCAAACCUUUAUGGAUGAAAAUCACCCUAACACAGCUAUUGCAAACCGUGCUGGUGACUAUUACAAUGACAAUGUUGUGGCCCAUUUUAGACAAAUCGUAAAGGAACGGGAGGUACAGAGCUCUAUGGACAGAUAUGUUGUGUGACAGAGGUCCAGUGACUCUCAAGCUGGUCCUAGUGGCAUUAAAAGAAGAGGGGAAGUAACCCCGGAAAAGGACUUGACACCUCAAGUCCAAAUGGAAAGGGAUUCCCCUUCUAAACACUAACACCAUCCACACUCUCCCCUCCUCCCAUCCCAUCAAUCAUCACCAGAUCUUCAAUAAAGGUAAGUGUCAUGUAAUUGUACAUGUCUUCUUCAGUUUGUGUGUAUUAAAAUUAAUAUUUCUGUGGUAAAAUUUUUUUUUUUCAAUACUUUGGGGUGUUAGGAACGGAUUAAUUUGAUUUCCAUUAUUUCUUAUGGGGAAAAUUAACUUGACUAACGAUAAUUUCGACUAACGAUGAGCUCUCAGGAACGGAUUAAUAUCGUUGGUCGAGGGUUCACUGUACAUUAUUUAGGUGUGCAUACUAGUCGGAGAGUCAGUCGUAAGUCCGAGUUGUCAGUAAACAAGUACGUCACUAAGUGAGGAGAGGCUAUAUACUUACUGUGCUGGCGUGCAGGUACACUUUAAAAUCACUAAGAGUCUCUAUACUCGGUGCCAUAUAAUAAUCUCUUGGGCGUAUUACAUGUCGUAUAUUAUGUUAAUAUAGACAUUUCCAUUAAUCCAUCUAUCAUAUUUUUUUCAAAAUUAUAUAAUAAACAUGCUGCAUAACAUAUAAACAUGAUACAUACACCCACAGUAUAAAAAUGAUAAAUAUGAGAUUUGUUUACAAAGCGGUUGAUAGGCGUGUCGGAAGAAUUACAUUUUCUCUAGUCAACCACCAGUUACUUAACUGAAGAAAAAUAUUCCUUUCGUAUGCCUUCUGUCUACAGCUAUUCAUGACCUAUGUGGGUUUAGUGCUUCUUUUUUAUUAUUAUAAUAACAGUAACUUGUAAUAAUAAUAAUUUGUAAUAAUAAUAAUCACUCUUAGUAAGUAAGUUUAUUCAGGUAUACAUAAAUUUAUUUAUUUAUUAAUUUGAACAUGAUACAGAGAAGUACAAAGGAAUACAGCUAUUAAAGUGCAACAUGACAAAGCCCCUUGUAUGCAGAGCAUUAUGGGCAGGCUUAAAAUUAACUUAAGAUUAACUAAGCAAUGAUAUAUUCAGCGGUAAAAACAUUAUUGUAAACAGAUAACAAUUUAGCACAAAUAAGUAUUACAAAGACAGGUCAUAUGGUCAUUAACUGUGUUGCUGUGCAUUCAGUAGAAUGGAGUACAGUGGACCCCCGCAUAACGAUCACCUCCCAAUGCAACCAAUUAUGUAAGUGUAUUUAUGUAAGUGCGUUUGUACGUGUAUGUUUGAGGGUCUGAAAUGGACUAAUCUACUUCACAAUAUUCCUUAUGGGAACAAAUUCGAUCAGUACUGGCACCUGAACAUACUUCUGGAAUGAAAAAAUAUUGUUAACCGGGGGUCCACUGUAUUCUGUUAGGUAAUGUAAUUAAAAAAUAACAAGUUUGAUUGGGUCACAGGUUAGACAUUUAUGAGAUACAAUAAUGAGAAACAUUUAUGAGAUACAAUUAUUCAGUAUUUAUUUAGUUGUGGGUGAGUAAGUGAUUUUUGAGAAGAGACUUGAAUUUAUAAACAGACAGUGUUUCUUUUAUAUUCACAGGUAAUGAAUUCCAGAUUUUAGGGCCUUUUAUGUUCAUUGAGUUUUUGCAUAGCGCGAGAUGGACACGAGGAACAUCAAAGAGUGAUCUGUGCCUUGUGUUAUGGUCAUGUAUUCUGUUGAGGUUGGUAAGGAGAUGUUUGAGGGGAGGGUUUUUGUCAGAGUUAAGUGUUUUAUGUAUGUAGUAGGUGCAGUAAUAAAUAUGGAUGUUUUGUAUGGUGAGUAGGUUUAGAGUUUUGAAUAUUGGUGGAGUUUGCUGCCUGUAUUGGGAAUUUUUAUCAUUCUGACCGCAGCCUUUUGUUGGGUAAUUAGUCGUCUGAGAUGAUCUAUUGUUGUUGAGCCCCAUGCAUAAAUUCCAUAGGUGAGAUAGGGGUAAAUAAGUGAGUGAUAUAGGGCCAGGAGGACUGACUGUGGAACAUAGUACCGUAUCUUCGAUAGUAUGCCUACGGUCUUGGAAAUUUUUUUGGAAAUGUGUUGUAUAUGUGUUCGAAAUUUGAGUCUAUUAUCAAGGUGGAUUCCUAAGAAUUUUCCCUCUGUGAGUUUUGUGAUAGGUGAUCCAUUUAUCAUUAUAUUAAGAGGGACAUCUGACGCUCCGUUACCAAACUGAAUGAAGUAGGUUUUGUCAAUGUUUAGAGUGAGUUUGUUAGUCUUCAUCCAGGUAGAUAUUUUCUGUUACAUAGUUACAUAGAUUAUCAUACAUAGCAACAUAUGUGUAGGGAACCCAGGAUAACCCAAAAAAGUCAGAGAGUGAGGCGCAUUAACCUUUAAACUGUCCAAACGUAGAUCUACGUUUGCAUGCUCCAAACGUAGAUCAACGUUUUAUUUUUCAUCCCUUCAAAUUUGGCACAAUAGGCUUGAGUCGCCUAGACAUGAAAGAAUGGGUCUGUGCACUCAGUGUGUGCACUAUUAAAAAAUCUGGGAGCACUUAGUACCUUGUGGGAGCACCAGCUAGAGCAAAUAGCGUGGCAAACACCAGGGAUUCACUGAUACCAUGUCACAUUAACACUCCCAAUUUAAGAGGAAAGUAAAAAUAGGUUAGAUAAAUACAUGAGUGAGUGUGAGUUGGACCUGACUAGCUUGUGCUACUAGGUCUGAUGUCAUGCUCCUUCCUUCAAUGGAUGUGACCUGACUAGGUGGGUCAUUGGUCUAAGCUGGGGGGGGACAUGUACCUGCCUUGCAUGGCCCAGUAGGCCUGCUGCAGUGUUCCUCCUUUCUUUUGUUCUCAUGUAUUCGGCAGGCUGGCCAGCUGGCUUGCUUUGGCUGUCUCUCUGUCUAUAUCUAUGUGAGAGUGAGUACUGUACAGCAGUGAGAGUGAGUACUGUACAGCAGUGAGAGUGAGUGCUGUACAGCAGUGAGAGUGAGUACUAUACAGCAGUGAGAGUGAGUGCUGUACAGCAGUGAAAGUGAGUGCUGUACAGCAGUGAGAGUGAGUACUAUACAGCAGUGAGAGUGAGUAUUGUACAGCAGUGAGAGUGAGUACCAUACAACAGUGAGAGUGAGUACUGUACAGCAGUGAGAGCGAGUACUGUAAAACAGUGAGAGUGAGCACUGUACAGCAGUGAGAAUAAGUACUAUACAACAGUGAGAGUGAGUACUGUACAGCAGUGAGAGUGAGUACUGUAAAACAGUGAGAGUGAGUACUGUACAGCAGUGAGAAUAAGUACUAUACAACAGUGAGAGUGAGUACUAUACAACAGUGAGAGUGAGUACUGUAAAACAGUGAGUGAGCACUGUACAGCAGUGAGAGUACUGUACAGCAGUGAGUGAGUACUGUACAACAGUGAGAGUGAGCACUGUACAGCAGUGAGAGUGAGUACUGUACAGCAGUGAGAGUGAGCACUGUACAGCAGUGAGAGUGAGUACUGUACAGCAGUGAGAGUGAGCACUGUACAGCAGUGAGAGUGAGUACUGUACAGCAGUGAGUAAGUACUGUACAGCAGUGAGAGUGAGUACUAUACAACAGUGAGAGUGAGUACUGUACAGCUGAGUGAGUACUGUACAGCAGUGAGAGUGAGUACUGUAAAACAGUGAGAGUGAGCACUGUACAGCAGUGAGAGUGAGUACUGUACAGCAGUGAGAGUGAGUACUGUACAGCAGUGAGUGAGUACUGUACAGCAGUGAGAGUGAGUACUAUACAACAGUGAGAGUGAGUACUAUACAACAGUGAGAGUGAGUACUGUACAGCAUCGAGUGAGUACUGUACAGCAGUGAGAGUGAGUACUAUACAACAGUGAGAGUGAGUACUGUACAGCAGUGAGAGUGAGUACUAUACAACAGUGAGAGUGAGUACUGUACAGCAGUGAGAGCGAGUACUGUACAGCAGUGAGAGUGAGUACUGUACAGCAGUGAGAGUGAGUACUAUACAACAGUGAGAGUGAGUACUGUACAGCAGUGAGAGUGAGUACUGUACAGCAGUGAGAGUGAGUACUAUACAACAGUGAGAGUGAGUACUGUACAGCAGUGAGAGCGAGUACUGUACAGCAGUGAGAGCGAGUACUGUACAGCAGUGAGAGCGAGUACUGUACAGCAGUGAGAGCGAGUACUGUACAGCAGUGAGAGCGAGUACUGUACAACAGUGAGAGUGAGUACUGUACAGCAGUGAGAGUGAGUACUGUACAGCAGUGAGAGCGAGUACUGUACAGCAGUGGGAGCGAGUACUGUACAGCAGUGAGAGCGAGUACUGUACAGCAGUGAGAGCGAGUACUGUACAACAGUGAGAGUGAGUACUGUACAGCAGUAUCAGUAACACACAGGCUGUCCAUCUUGCUAACAUGGUGUUUUAUUUCCUGUUAACCAUAAAGUUGGAUGUAUUUUAAUUUUGUUUUUACAGUUUGGGUAUAAUUCUUAUUAAUAUGUUAAACUGUUUGUGUGUUACGGUAAAUCAUUGUGUUUGUACAAUGCUGUAUUUGAAGUUCAGUGUUUUAAAAUACGUAGUUAUUUUUAUUAAUUAGGUAUAUACAGUGGAACCUCUACUUGCGAGCGUGUCCACGUGCGAGUUUUUCCAAAUACGAGCAGUCGAUGAGCCGAUUUUUUGCUUCCAUACACGAGCAAAAUUUCCACGAGCGAGCAGACCUCAAGGCAGGUUCCUUGACACUGAUGAGGGGCUCUUGCUCUUGAUCUCGGGAAUUGUAUCUCAUUUGUUUGUUGGACUAUCUUAUUGAAACUUGGGCAAUAUAUGAUGGAAAGAUGCUUCUUAAUGUACACCAAAAAUGAAAGAAAUCUAAGCAUAAAUAAUGGAGUUCACUUCCCAGCAAUUAGCCACCCCAUAGUGGUAAUUUUGAAUGGUUUUUAUGGUUGUAAACUCUCGUCCACCGCCGACACCGCCCAUACCACUACAUGAAUGACAUAUUUUAUUCAUUCUAGAAUAUAUAUCUUGUUUCUAUGUUAUUCAUAUUGUUUGUUAUGUCAUACUAGAUGAACUGUGAUAGAUAAAUAAGCUGUAUAGAUGAUAUUAGCGAAAUUAUUCAUGAAGUAUUUUGCCCAGUCUCCAGACAAACUCUUGUCCACCGCCGACACCUCCCAUACCACUACAUGAAUGACAUAUUUUAUUCAUUUUAGAGUAUAUAUCAGGUUUCUAUGUUAUUUAUAUUGUUUAUUAUGUCAUAUUAGAUGAACUGAGAUAGAUAAAUAAGCUGUAGAGUUGAUAUUAGCGAAAUUAUUAAAGUACAGAAUUCCACUGGAACGGAUUAAUUGCAUUUCAAUUAAUUUAAAUGAGGAAAAUUGAUUCUGCAAAUGAGCAAAUCCAGUUGCGAGCAAGGUCAUGGAACGGAUUAAACUCGCAAGUAGAGGUUCCACUGUAUACUGUACUGCAUUUUAUCUUAUUUGUGUACUAUUAUUUGUAACAUUUAGAAUAAUUGACAGUAUGACUUGUAGCUGUUAUUAUUGCAGUAUUAAUGUAUUAUCAGUAUUGUGUUGGUUAAUAUACAAAAUUAUAAUUUUUUUGUAGGUACUGUAAUUGGUUAGCAUAUUAAUUGUUUUGUAUAUUGUACUUUUAGUUAUGUUUGUAUUAGUACAGUAUUAGUCUUUUUUCACUGAGUUGACAUCAGUUUCUUUACACAGAGUGUUCUUGUGUUCAGAAAACCUUUACUCAGUAUAAUAAUAGAAUUUUAUUUUGCUAUUGUAUAUACCUGCAACAAGGUCAUCUUAAUAUACUUCUGGUAGGUACUUUAUUGAAAAAAUUGUUCCUAUACUACCAGCAUUGUUUAUCCUAAGUCUCCUGGGUGCAUAUUUCCAAGGUCAAAAUCUACAUCAGUUCCUAGAUUAAAAGCUUUAAAUUUUGGUGUUUAUAAAACUUCUGGUAUUCCAGCAUUUUCUUGGCUGAUAUGCCUUUUGUUUUAUAUUUGUUGAGGAGUAUUUUUGAGCACAAGAGUGAGUUGCUUUUGUAUUAUAGGUUUAUUGGUUUUCUUUUGGUGAGAAGAGAGUGUGUGUUAAGCAUUUUAAUAAUUUUUGUUGAUGGUGCAUGCUCUGGUGAAACCACCUUGGGUAGAUCAGUUAUUGUAUAAAUUUCUUUUAGUGUAGUCCUAAAAGAGUUCGGUGCAUGUUUGAUUAUAUUCAGUAUCUUGAUGGGAUACUUUCCAUCAGUGUGUAGCAUUGGUGUUAGUUCUGGGGAUGGUGAAGUGGAUGUUUUUAAAAUAGAUUAGGUAUUUUACUGAAAUAUGACACAGUAAAUAAACCCAAGAUAUUUUGUAAUGAAUGACUGUCAUUCAUUAUGACUUAUCUUGGGUUUAUGGACUACAUACUUAACUUGGAGAGCUAUGAGAAUAGAUGUACUGUACCAAGAAAACUGUCAGGGCAGGAGAUGGGACAGUAGUGUCACAUGACAGCAGCUAAUACAACCACGACAGAGGUACUAGUUGUAAAAAUCAUCCUGUUGUAACAUUCAUGGCCGAGUGGUACAGUGCAGGUCCUGCCACACAGGAUCUCAAUUUGAAUCUCUGUUCAAUUUUCUGUUUAUUCAUGACAUGGUAAUAAAAGCAUACCCACACUUAAAAGACUGAGACUUACGAUAUAUUUUGGGUUUGGGUCGGCUUUUGGUCCAAGUUGUACCAAAAUGUUGUAAUAGGUUUCAGUCUCCUAAGUACUGGUUAUUUGUGUACUGUUCCAGCCACAAUAUUGUGACUGUUCUUUGUGACAGUAAUUGUAGCAGACAUUGUGUUGCUGGUUGUUGUUUCAUUUAUACUUUUGAAGAUUUAUCUAAAUGGGUAUUUAGGCUCUCUUGCAGCCUAUAAAAGUGUGUCCUUCCCUGUUGCAAUACUUUAUUGUUUUAUUGAAGGCUGUUAGGUAUCUGAUAUUCAGUCAUAUUUCUAAAAUUUGCAGCAUGGUGCCAUGCUCUAUAAUUUGUCUUAUUCUCCAUUGUUUAGGUCUACAGUUUAUAGUAGGGAGAUGCAAAUUCCAUCUUUGUUUUUUUUUUCCUUGCGCUAUAAAUAUCUCUUCAAAUUUUUUCUCCCAAAUUGAUAGUAAUUUUAGCUGCUGCCACCUCCUCCUCCUCCUCCUCCUUAUUAUUAACUUAAAAAAAAAUUACUAAAUCCACUAGUUAAAGAGUGCCAUUAACCUGAUUAUUACUUCCUCCACACUAGUCCAUUCAUUUUUAUCUGUAAUCAGCAUUUGAUCAUUUACUGCUUUUUUAUAAUAGAAUUGCCAAGGCCUUUAAUCAUUUUAUUGUUCAGCCUAAAGUUCUGGAGGUAUACUGUAUAUAGGUAAUUACUUCACUUGGUAAUGAUUAUGUGAACACUGGUGUCACUAAAGCAUAGGAUGGUAAAAGGAUUAAGGAAUCAAAUCUUGAGGUCUAUUCUUACCAUGGUGGCUAACUUGUUUACUUAGUUUCUGUGAGGAAGAUCUUACUUCCAGUAACUAGCAGUUUAUAGCUUAUAUCUACAGUUUACUUAGCUGUUGCAAGCAAAUUUGCUUGCAACAAAUAAGUGAUCUGUAGAUUUAAAUCUAGAUGUAUUCCUGUAAACCCUUUCAGUGAUUAGUUGUUUAUGGCUAUUCUCCGAUGACUUGCCUGUCUAUAGCUUGUCUCUAGUGACGAGCCAAUGACUCACCACUGAUAUUCUAAACAGUUAAUAAUAUACUUAGUGUUUUAUUAAAAAAAUACAUACUUUA